CAUUCUCUCACUAGUUGUUCCAGUUUCCAGUUUGUUGAUGUUGUUGUCUCUUGGAUCGAGUUGUUUGCCGAAAAAGUGAAUCGACGGCAAAUUCUGGUUGUAGUCGCUGAAGGCGCGUCCAAGAUCCUCUCGAGGUGAUUUGCAAGAGAAACACAGUGCCGAAAUGGCAACCCCAGUGGUGGCUGCGGCGGCGGCAAUGGAGAUGCCGGAGGAAAAAGUAGAAGUGCCUGAAGUGGAAUGGGAGAGUGAUAAAUUGAAAAGGGCGCACCGCACAGUAACGGAGGUAAAUGGCUACGACAUGGAGGCGUGGAGUUUGCUCAUUCGAGAGGCUCAAAACCGAUGGAUUGGAGACGUACGUCCUUUCUUCGAGCAGCUCGUCACCGUUUUCCCAACCACUGGCAGAUACUGGAAGAUUUACAUCGAGCAGGAGCUGAAGGCAAGGAAUUUAGAGAGAGUUGAAAAGCUCUUUCAGCGUUGUUUAAUUAAAGUGCUUAACAUUGAUCUCUGGAAACUGUACCUCACUUAUGUGAAAGAAACUAAGGCCAUGUUGCCUACCUAUAAGGAGAAAAUGGCUCAGGCUUACGACUUCACCCUGGAAAAGGUCGGAAUGGACAUCCAGUCCUACAGCAUUUGGAACGACUAUGUGACCUUCUUGAAAGCAGUUGAGGCCGUCGGGUCUUAUGCAGAAAACCAACGCAUCAGUGCUGUUCGAAAGGUGUACCAAAGGGGUGUGAUUAACCCGAUGACAAAUAUUGAGCAGUUCUGGAAGGACUACAUUGCUUUCGAGCAGAACAUUAACCCUAUCAUUGCUGAGAAAAUGGGUAUGGAGCGCAGCAGGGACUACAUGAAUGCUCGGCGGGUGGCUAAGGAGUUCGAGGCUGCCACUAGGGGUGUUAAUCGUAACGCCCCAAGUGUACCUCCAGUCGGCACUGGAGAAGAAGUCAAACAAGUUGAAUUGUGGAAAAAAUAUAUUUCAUGGGAAAAGAGCAACCCGCUCAGAACCGAGGAUCAAACGACAAUUACAAAAAGGGUCAUGUACGCCUACGAACAAUGUCUGCUUUGCAUGGGCCACCAUCCGGACAUCUGGUACGAAGCUGCACUGUACCUUGUAUUAUCUUCAAAACUUCUCCAUGAGAAAGGGGAUAUAAAUGCCGCUAAAUUGUUUGGAGACGAAGCUGCAAACAUUUACGAGAGAGCAAUCACCACAAUAUUGAACAAGAAUAUGCUGCUCUACUUUGCGUAUGCUGACUUCGAGGAAGAUCGUGUCAAAUAUGAGAAAGUUCACAAAAUUUACACCAGGCUCUUGGAUAUUCCAGACAUUGACCCUACUUUGGCGUUCAUUCAAUACAUGAAGUUCGGCCGGCGAGCUGAAGGCAUAAAAUCGGCUCGGACAAUUUUCAAAAAAGCACGAGAAGACCCAAGAUCCGGUUUUCAAGUAUUCGUUUCUGCUGCCCUUAUGGAAUAUUACUGCAGCAAGGACAAAAAUAUCGCCUUCAGAAUUUUUGAGCUGGGACUCAAGAAAUUUGGAGACAAUCCCGAGUACAUCCUUAACUACAUUGAUUACUUGUCCCACUUGAACGAGGACAAUAACACAAGGGUGCUGUUCGAGAGGGUGCUCACCUCGGAUUCGUUGGAAGAUGAUAAAUCAGUCGAGAUCUGGAAUAAGUUCCUAGAGUUUGAAUCAAACGUUGGUGAUUUGACCAGUAUAGUAAAGGUUGAGAAGCGACGAAGUGCAGUGUUAGAGAAACUCAAAGAGUUUGAAGACAAGGAGACUGCUCAAUUGGUGGACCGCUACAGAUUUUUGGACCUCUACCCCUGUUCUGUUGCUGAACUUCGAGCCAUUGGCUAUUCCUCCACUUUACAGGGCUCCCACAAGGGACUCAGCGCAGUGGGCAACUUGAUUCUAGACGAGGAGCCAACAAUUGCAGUGGCUCGUCCCGAUUUUGGACAGAUGAUUCCCUACAAACCUAAACCAAACGCCCAUCCAGGAGAACACAUUGUUCCCGGAGGAGUUUUUCCGCUGCCACCGUCAGCAACUCACUUGUGCACUUUGCUGCCGCCGCCCUCCAGUUUUCGAGGCCCCUUUGUGUCUGUUGAUAUGCUGCUGGACGUCUUUAGUAAAAUUCAGCUUCCAGAUUCAGCUCCAGCCCCACAAAACAAUGAGAAUGGAUCGGACUCAAAGCUUUUCGAUCUUGCUAAAUCUGUUCACUGGAUAGUUGAUGACGAAGCUCAGACGGGCAUUGUGCCUGGGAAGAGAAGAAAGAGAGGACUCGGCGAAGACAGUGAUGAAGAGGAAUUCACAGGCGCACCGCCAGUCAAUGACAUCUACCGCCAGAGACAGCAGAAGAGAGUCCGUUAAAUAAGAUAAAUUCUGCAUUUUAUAGUUUUAUUUUCAUAACUACUGCAGUCUUUAAUUGGUUGACAGCACGAGAUGGUGCAAUGAACUUAAGGUGUACUGCGUGCACGAACUUCAAUUUUAGCAUUUUGAUUUGUUAGGCAACACAUUCUAUGUAUGUAUUUGAAAUGUCAGUUAAUAUUUUGGUCAUCAAUUGAAAUGUAAUUAAAUGAAUUGUUUACUAAAUAAACUUCAUAGAACACAGAGACAUGAACAUGAUGAUG